AACACCCCCUCCCCAUCCCUCUCUUCCUCUCUCUACGCUCUGCCUCCGUCUGUCCCCCGCUCAUUCUGUUCUCACCCUCCUUGUCCUCCUUCUUCUUUUACACAGACUGAGAACAGACAAGACAACAUGCAGCACUUUCAGCACCGGCUGCGUUCAGACUUAUCACGGCAAUUUGCGUUUUCUUUUCUCUGUUCACGCCACGCAGCCUCAAAUAGCGCGGGGGAACGACGGCAUAUUCCGUAACCUCGGUUAAAAGGGGAGAAGAACAACAUACACCGCUUAAAGCAUUCUAAUGUAGCGAAAAUAUCACUCGGUGUAAUGAUACCAGGGUGGCGGGAUACAAAAAAAUAAAAAAUAAAUAAAAAAUAAAAAAAAUACUAUAAGGUCAAUAAACUCUCACAUUGUAAAUCCCCACAGAAACAUCAUCUGAUUUCUCCAAAGGCACCCUAAGCACCAGACUGCAAUAAAGCCUGGCAACACAAGCAGCACACGCGUUCCUUAAAUCAUUUUAACAAAGGAGUAUAUUCAUUCCACCUUUUUCUGUGAUGCGGAAAGCAAUAAAACCCUCUCCUGAAUACCCUGUGCUCGGCUGUGCUUUAAGGGUGAAGUGUGUUUUUGCGCUCGGCCGCGUGGUGGCAACCUGCGCUGCGCCGCCGCCGCCUCAACGCCAGAUCCCAACGCUCCCUCGCGAAGAACCCGGGACUCGUUCUUCUUCUCAUCCGACGCACACCGGCGGCCGGGCUCCCCCCUCCACGCCACGGCAGGCUCCGACCGCGAUACUGUGACUUGCGCGCAAGUUUCUCCCCCUCCCGCACGCCUAUCCGCUUAACUUCUUCCUCAGUGCUCCUGUCAGACGGACCCUGCCGACCUUGACAGCGCGCCGGGGGGAAGGAACUUUACGGUGUGUGGGGGGUGUGCGUUUUGUGCUCCGUGUGUCUGCAGUGUGCUCUCCUGAAAGGAGAGGAUUCGAGGAAAAGUCCGCGUCCUGGUUUGGUGGAGAAAAACUGCACAGCGACAGGGAGGCUGAAGUUUGAAGUCCGGGGAGAAGAAAAAAAGAAGAAGAAAUAGAAGAAGACGACAGCAUCUCAAGGGCGCAAGACGCGUAAAUGAAAAAGUACGAGGUGCAGCUUCCCUUCUUACAGGUGCACCGAGAAGACUGACUGUUUGGACUUAACCUGGAUUCAUCUGACUGAGUUGCAUCCGUUUUUCAAAGCAACCGACGCACGCUGCUUUGACACUCGCAGGGAAAUAUUUUACUACCCUACGGGUCUUGUGGAAGUGAAGCGGAUUUGAAGUGUAAAUCAAACACAGACUGUUUGACCGAAUUUCUCCGCUCGGCACAGGCUACAGCAGCGGCUCGGCUUUCCUUUUUCUUUCUUUCUUUCUUUUUUUUUUUUUUUUUUUUUUUUUUACCCUCCGAGGUCGGUGCGAGACCCGGCAGGCGGGAGGCGGACAGCAGGCUGAGCAGAACCACACUGGGACUCGGACACUGGAGCGUCGCCGGGCACUUGUUGUCCAGCCUGCCCGCUUCGGGACCAUGUUCGAGGACUCCUGGAGCAGAUCGAUGUGGCGCGCCACAUGGAUUUUAUUUUUCUCCUUACUCAUCCACUCCACGCAAGCUCAAGAUGAUGUGCCUCCCUACUUUAAGACGGAACCGGUGCGUAGCCAGCUCCACCUGGAACGCAACAGGCUGGUGUUGACCUGCAUGGCUGAGGGCAGCUGGCCCCUGGAGUUUAAAUGGAUCCACAACAACACAGAACUGACCCGGUUUUCACUGGAGUACAGGUAUCUCAUCCCUUCGCUGGACCGUUCUCACGCUGGCUUCUACCGCUGCAUCGUAAGGAAUCGGGUGGGAGCCCUUCUGCAGCGGCGCACCGAAGUACAAGUGGCCUUUAUGGGCAGUUUCGAAGAAGGUGAGCGAGCGCAGUCGGUCUCUCAGGGAGAGGGCGCCGUCGUUCCUGCGCCGCGCAUUCGCAGCUUCCCGCAGCCUCAAGUCACCUGGUUCAGAGACGGCCGAAAGAUUCCACCAAGCAGUCGCAUCGCCAUUACUCUGGACAACACGCUGGUCAUCCUGUCGACGGUGGCACCAGACGCCGGCCGCUACUACGUGCAGGCGGUGAAUGACAAGAAUGGGGAGAACAAGACCAGCCAGCCCAUCACCUUGUCGGUGGAAAAUGUCGGGGGCCCGGCAGAUCCCAUUGCCCCGACCAUCAUCAUCCCUCCCAGGAACACGAGCGUGGUCACGGGCACCUCGGAGGUCACGAUGGAGUGCGUGGCCAACGCCAGACCUCUCAUCAAGCUGAGUAUCUCGUGGCGUAAGAACGGCAUAGUGGUGACCAGCGGUCUGAGCGACUUCAACCGCAGGCUUACCAUCCUCAGCCCCGUGGUGAGCGACGCCGGCUACUACGAGUGCGAAGCCAUUCUCCGCAGCAGCAGCGUCCCUUCAGUCAGCGCCGGGGCUUAUCUGCACGUACUCGAGCCACCACAGUUUAUAAAGGAACCGGAGAAACACAUCACAGCUGAGAUGGAGAAGGUGGUGGACAUUCCCUGUCAGGCACGGGGAGUCCCCCAGCCGGACAUUGUGUGGUACAAGGACGCUUUGCCUAUUGACUCCGUGAAGAUGCCCAGGUACCGGGUGCUGGUGGGCGGCAGCCUGCAGGUCAACGGCCUGCUGCCUGAUGACACGGGCAUGUUCCAGUGCUUCGCCAGAAACAUGGCAGGAGAGGUUCAGACCAACACUUACCUGGCCGUUACCAGCAUUGCCCCGAAUAUCACGGCCGGACCCUCCGACAGCACUGUGAUCGACGGGAUGUCAGUCAUCCUGCACUGCGAGACCUCCGGAGCUCCAAGACCAGCUAUCACCUGGCAGAAAGGUGAGCGCGUGUUGGCGAGCGGCUCGGUUCAGCUGCCCAGGUUCACCCUGCUCGAGUCAGGCAGCCUGCUCAUCUCCCCUUCGCACAUCUCUGACGCCGGGACCUACACUUGCAUGGCGAGCAACUCGCGGGGAAUCGACGAGGCAUCCGCUGACCUCAUUGUCUGGGCUCGCACCCGGAUUACCACCCCCCCACAGGACCAGAGUGUUAUCAAAGGAACUAAAGCCAUUAUGACUUGUGGAGUCACACACGACCCCAGCGUCACUGUCAGGCACAUCUGGGAAAAAGAGGGCUCGGUGAUCAACGUGCUGUCCAUCCCCCGCAUGCGACUGGACGCAGAUGGCACCCUCCACAUCUCCCAAACCUGGUCGGGCGACAUCGGCACGUACACAUGCAGAGUCACCUCCGUCGGAGGCAACGACUCCCGCAGCGCACACCUCCGUGUCAGGCAGCUGCCCCAUGCCCCAGAGAAUCCAACCGCCGUGCUGAGCAAAUCGGAAAAAAGAGCCAUUGACCUGGCCUGGGCCAAACCUUUUGAUGGCAACAGUCCUCUCAUACGCUAUAUCCUGGAGGUUUCUGAGAACAAUGCACCCUGGGCGAUCCUGCUGGCCAAUAUUGAACCAGAGUCCACAGCGGUGACAGUCAACGGCUUGAUCCCGGCUCGCUCUUAUCAGUUCCGCCUCUGUGCCGUUAAUGAUGUGGGGAAGGGGCAGUUCAGCAAGGAGACGGACCGCGUGUCUCUCCCAGAGGAGCCCCCCAGCGCCCCUCCUCAGAACGUCAUCGCUAGUGGCCGGACCAACCAGUCCAUCAUGAUCCAGUGGCAGCCUCCUCCGGAAAGCCACCAGAAUGGGAUCCUCAGGGGCUACACCGUCCGGUACCGUCUCACUGGGCUGCCCGUGGACUACCAGAUCAAGAACAUUUCCAGCCCGGAUGUGACCAACCUGCUGCUGGAGGACCUCAUCAUUUGGACUAACUACGAAAUCGAAGUGGCCGCUUACAAUGGAGCGGGUUUGGGCACCUUUAGCCACAUGGUCACCGAGUGGACUCUCCAGGGAGUUCCGACCAUCGCUCCGGGCAACGUGCAGGCCGAGGCGGUCAACUCGACGGCCAUCCGUUUCACCUGGACGGCUCCCAACCCUCAGUUCAUCAACGGCAUCAACCAGGGCUACAAGCUGCUGGCCUGGGAACCCGGCAGGGACGAGGAAGUCGCCAUGGUAACAGCCCGGCCGAACUUCCAGGACAGCGUCCACGUGGGAUACGUGACGGGUCUGAAGAAGUUCACCGAGUACUACACCUCGGUGCUGUGCUUCACGACACCUGGAGACGGCCCCCGCAGCCCGCCCAGAGCGCUGAGGACACACGAGGACACCCCCGGCGCCGUGGGUCACCUGAGCUUCACUGAGAUCCUGGACACCUCGCUCAAAGUCAGCUGGAGUGAGCCCGGCGAGAAGAACGGCGUCCUCACAGGCUACCGCAUUUCCUGGGAGGAGUACAACCGAACGAACACCAGAGUCACCCACUACCUGCCGAAUGUCACCUUAGAGUACAGGGUCACCGGGCUCACUGCUCUCACCACCUACACCAUUGAAGUGGCAGGGAUGACUUCCAAGGGACAGGGCCAGCUGUCCUCCUCCACCAUUUCCUCCGGCGUCCCACCAGAGCUUCCCGGCCCUCCUACCAACAUGGCAAUCUCCAACAUCGGCCCACGCUCUGUCACCCUGCAGUUCAAACCGGGCUACGAUGGCAAAACCUCCAUUUCCCGUUGGCUGGUAGAGGCCCAGGUGGGCAUGGUAGGAGAAAACGAGGACUGGGUGAUGGUCCAUCAAGUGUCCAACGAGCCGGAGGCCCGCUCCUUAGAGGUGCCAGGUCUCAACCCGUACACUUUUUACAGGUUCCGCAUGCGUCAGGUGAACAUAGUGGGCACCAGUCUUCCUAGCCAGCCCUCCAGGAAGAUUCAGACCCUUCCAGCUCCUCCGGACAUGGCCCCGGCCAAUGUCACCCUGCGCACCGCCAGCGAGACCAGCCUCUGGUUGCGAUGGAUGCCCCUGCCUGAGUGGGAAUACAACGGAAAUGCGGAGCAGGUGGGCUACAGGGUUCAGUACUCCCGCGCGGGCUCGCAGGGCCGCCCGCUGACCCAUGUCAUCGGCGACAGGCUGGAGAGGGAGUUCACCGUGGAGGACCUGGAGGAGUGGACGGAGUACGAGGUCAGGGUCCAGGCUUUCAACGGCAUCGGGAUGGGACCCUGGAGUCAGCCGGUCAGAGGCAGAACAAGAGAGUCUGUCCCUUCCAGCGGACCCACCAACGUGUCUGCCUUCGCCACCACCUCCAGCAGCAUCCUGGUGCGCUGGUUUGAAGUCCCAGAGCCAGACAGGAACGGCCUCAUUCUGGGCUACAAGGUGGUGUAUAAAGAGAAGGACUCUGACACCGCGGUCCACUUCUGGACGGUGGAGGGGAACGCCACGCACAGCGUCCAGCUGACUGGCCUUGGAAAGUAUGUGCUGUACGAGAUCCAGGUUCUGGCUUUCACGCGGAUCGGAGACGGGCGGCCAAGUUCCCCGCCCAUCCUGGAGAGGACUUUGGACGAUGUCCCAGGACCUCCAGUGGGUAUCCUGUUCCCUGAAGUUCGAACUACCUCAGUGCGGCUCAUCUGGCAGUCGCCUGCCCAACCCAAUGGCAUUAUACUGGCCUACCAGAUCACGUACCACCUCAACUCCACUAACAGCAACGCGGCCACGGUCGACGUGCUGAACCCGAGCGCCCGCCAGUACACAGUGACCAGCCUCAAGCCGGAGUCCGUCUACGUGUUCCGCAUCACGGCGCAGACGAGGAAGGGCUGGGGCGAGGCCGCCGAGGCGCUGGUGGUCACCACGGAGAAAAGAGCUCGCCCGCAACCCACGAGCCGUCCCAUGGUCCCUCAGAAAGACGUCCAAGCCCGCCAGGUGUUACUCACGUGGGAGCCCGGCAGCGACGGCCUUUCGCCCGUGCGCUACUACACGGUGCAGCUGAGAGAGCUUCCCGAGAACAACUGGACAGUUCACUCUGCCUCUGUCAACCACGAGGCCACCUCCUACAUAGUAUCCAGGCUGAAGCCCUUCACAUCCUACCAGUUCAGAGUAAAAGCCACCAAUGACAUAGGGGACAGUGAGUACAGUGAAGAAAGCGAAGCAAUCACAACCCUGCAAGACGCGCCCGACGAAGCGCCCUCGAUUCUCUCCGUCACGCCGCACACAACGACGUCGGUGCUGAUCCGCUGGCAGCCCCCCUCUGAGGAGAAGAUCAAUGGAAUCUUGCUGGGCUUUCGGAUUCGGUACCGCGAGCUGCUGUACGACCGUCUCCGCAGUUACAUUCACGCGGGCAACAGCGCGUCCUCCUGGACUGAGCUCAAUGCCCCCUACAGCAUCAGGAAUCUGAGUGACUCAACCCUCGCCCAGUACGAGCUGGACAAGCUGAGUAAACACAAGCGCUACGAGAUACGCAUGAGCGUCUACAACGCGGUGGGCGAGGGGCCAAACAGCCCGCCGCAGGAGGUGUUUGUCGGAGAAGCAGUGCCUACAGCCCCGCCCCAGAACGUGGCUAUCCAGUCGGCGACAGCCACCCAGCUCGACGUGACGUGGGACCCUCCACCCGUGGACGCACAGAACGGAGACAUCCAGGGCUACAAGAUUUACUUUUGGGAGUUCCAGCGCAAGAACGAGACGGAGCGGCUGCGGACCCUGUUCAUGCCGGAAGCGGGGGUGAAGCUGAAGAACCUGACCGGCUACACCACCUACAUGAUCAGCGUGUCCCCCUUCAACGCCGCCGGGGACGGGCCCCGCAGCCCACCGACGAGGGGCCGCACUCAGCAAGCGGCUCCCAGUGCCCCCAGCUUCAUUCACUUCAGCGAGCUGACCACCACCUCCGUCAACGUGUCCUGGGGCGAGCCCACCUUCCCCAACGGCAUCAUCGAGGGCUACCGCCUUGUCUACGAACCCUGCACACCUGUAGAUGAGUCUUCCGUGGCCUGUGCCGACUGUCUCCACUCCCCCUCCCCCCCAGGCGUCAGUAAGACAGUGACGGUGGACGUGAAGGGGAGCGGCCCCUUCUGGCUGAAGCUCAAAGACCUGGCAGAUGGCGUCACGUACAACUUCCGCAUCCGGGCCAAGACCUUCAUCUAUGGGCCGGAGGUGGAGGCUAAUAUCACCACCGGACCAGGGGAAGGUGCACCCGGGCCCCCAGGAGAGCCCUUUAUCACGCGCUAUAGUUCGGCCCUGACCAUUCACUGGACCAGCGGGGACCCAGGACGCGCCCCAAUAUCUCGCUAUGUCAUCGAGGCCAGACCCUCCGAUGAGGGAUUGUGGGAUAUCUUGAUCAAAGACAUACCCAAGGAUGCGACGUCACACACAUUCAGCAUGGAUAUCCUGAAACAAGGGGUCAGUUACGACUUCCGGGUGAUUGGAGUGAACGACUACGGCUACGGCUCUCCGAGUCUACCUUCCCCAUCUAUAUCUGCACAAAAAGUGUCUCCUUUCUACGAGGAGUGGUGGUUCCUGGUGGUGGUGGCUCUGGUCGGGCUCAUCUUUAUCCUCCUGCUGGUUUUCAUCCUCAUUAUCAGAGGACAGAGCAAGAAGUAUGCCAAAAAGUCUGAAUCAGUGUCUCUGUACGUGUGUCCAGGUAACAACUCCAACUGCAACGCCCUGACCCACGGGGACAUGGUCAGCCUGGACGAAGGCCGAUUCCCCGCUUUGGAGCUCAACAACCGCCGGCUCUCCGUGAAAAACUCUUUCUGCCGGAAGAACGGCGUCUACACCAGGUCUCCUCCCAGGCCCAGUCCGGGCAGCCUUCACUAUUCGGAUGAGGACGUCAGUACCAAGUACAAUGACCUCAUCCCCGCAGAGAGCAGCAGCCUGACCGAAAAACCCUCAGAGAUCUCAGACUCGCAGGAGGCGCUGGUGUUUUCAUAUGGGACAGGUGGCCUACAUACACUACCACUGCAUUUGGGCAGCGACAGCGAGUACGAGGUGGACCCCAACCGACAGAAGACGCACUCCUUCGUCAACCACUACAUCAGCGACCCCACCUACUACAACUCCUGGCGCCGCCAGCAGAAGGGCAUAUCCCGGGCGCAGGCCUACAGCUACACCGAGUCCGAGUCCGGAGACCCGGAUCACUGCGCCCCGCCCCCGCUGCCCCCUCUACCCCCGCUGCCGCCCCAGCUGAGUUCACCCAGCCCCCAGCCUCAGCAGGCCCAGGGUCAACCCCAGGGCCAAGGCAGCCUGUUUAGGCCCAAAGGUAGCCGGACUCCCACCCCGUCCCAGCAGAGCUCCAACCCCCCCAGCCAGCACAGCACCCUGUACAGGCCCCCCAGCAGUCUAGCCCCUGGCUCGCGGGCCCCCAUUGCUGGUUUCUCCUCCUUUGUGUGAAAAACCCCGGAGAGGACAUAGAAACUUCUGGAAAUAUCUACCCGACUUGUGUUGAAGGAGAACAUAGCAUUGAACGAUGCACAGUCAGACCAAUCAAGUCAUGCGCACCUCUUUUUCCUUUUCUUUUUUUUUUUUUAAUUUCCCAUCCAUGUCAUGUUUUUCAUUACUCAGCUUGGAUAUAUGCAGAACAUCACAAUGAGACUUUUUGGAGCACUUUUUUUUUUUCUUUUUUUUAAUUGUUUUGUCUAAAGUUGUAACGUGUGCCAGUGUAGACUUCUCUUUCUCUCACGAGUAGAUAAAAUAGACUCGGCAACAUCUAUUCCGUUUUUAUUUUGCUGUUUGAACUUCUUGCAUGACUUCUUUUGCUUAUCGUUUACUUUUUUUUUGUCACGUCUUUUGGAACGGUGGUAAUCUCUUCGAUUCUGUACAAAGUCACAAGAAUCUUUGAAAACACACACACACACACACAUCAAUAUAUAUAUAUAAAUAUAAAUAUAUAUACAUAUACAGUAUAUAGUAGACGUACCUACAGGACAGAUCAGUGCGGAUUCUGCACUGAAAGAGACUGAUGUGACGAUAUGAUGGAGCCAUAUUGUGGAAAAUUAUGAAAGGACUUGUUUGGACUGAUUGUGGAAAAAAAAAUUCAAAAAAAAAAAGAACAGAAAAUGGAUAAAAGACAGGAUUUAUGCCAAACCGAAUGAAUUUGAAUGUGUCGACAACGAGAGUUUAUAACGAACACUGAAGAAACAAUCGCGCAUUUCCAUGGAGACCACUCUCUGGCCUAGCACACGAAUACAUGGAAGAGCAUCUGGCCGCGGCCGGUCGCUUGUCGGACUGACUGCGCCGUGCCUGAAGGACCCUGCAGAUAUAUGAAAUGAGUGUAUAUCUGUUAAAGUGUUGAGUCUUUUUUUUUUCCCCCCCUCCGUGAGUGUGUUACAGUGGAUCGAAGAUGCCUUGAAAGAGAAACACUUAUUUAUGAUAUCUGGCACCAGUUGUGACUGAACUGCUGACGCCGCCCUUGACUGUGGCAUCUUUUAACGGCCCCCGGCGCUACGAGGGCCUUCUGUUAAUCCUGACGGACGCGGGCCGCGAGUUCAUUUGCAUAAACAACCCGUAUUUCUUAUUUCACCUUUUGCCGGCUCGUGCAUAAACACGUCACUCUGAAAUGGGCGACACUGUCGUCGGGGGGUGGGGGAGUAGCGGGGGGGGGGCUGUCACGUGUCGGCACGGCUGCCGGGUCUGCUUAAAUGUAAACGGUGUGAUUUUGAUAACAAACAAAGAGGAUUUUAUUUCCUGUUUCCCUUCCCUGCUGGGACUGCUCUCCUCUGCCGCCGAUCACUAUCACCGGGCAGCCGAGAGAUGAUGUCAUUGAAUUGCCUCACCUCUUUCCCUUUUGUGUAAUCAACCACUCUGUACUAUUCAGGUGUGACUGUGCUGUCCCAGAGGCUAAUGCGCGCGCGUGCAUUAUGUGUGUGUGACUACACUUCUUGUGCGUAAGCUUUACGGAUCAUUCACUGUGUGUCUGUUUAUAAAGAGAUUGUCCUGCAGCAACUGUAAACCUGCCUGGAGUGGCGCCACGGAGGGCCGGCACCGUCCAGCCGCCUGCCACUCAACAACGCUAUAGUGAAGACUCAGUGGUGUGUUCCUAGUUUCCAUAGUUCGAAUAUCUGAAGAAAAAAAAAAAUGUCAUCUGCUUUUCUUUUCUCUCUCUCUUUCUCUCUCUCUCUCUGUGGGGUGAUUUCAUUGUACGCAACAAAAAGCUUAUCAUGCAGAAUCUGAAUGAAUAUAUGAUCACAGUACAUUUCUGAAAUAAAUUAUUUUUCAAUGUUA